CAUUCAAAAGAAUUUCUAUAACUCAGCCAGCAUCACAGCAGAAGCUCAAAAGAAGAAAAUCACCCUCCUCAUCCUCGCUGACAGCAUGAUGAAGACUUUGUUUUUUGCUCUGGGGCUGUUGAUCUAUGCCUGUUGCUCUAACGCCAUGCCUAGCGGACUGGAGUUCAACACAAGUCCACGAUGCUGCUGCUUCCAGUUCAGCAGCAAAAGUUUGCCAUUAAAUCGAGUGUCUACCGUAGCAAAGACCCACCACUCCUGUCGCAAGAAAGGAUUCAUAGUCCAGUCUAUUAGUGGAAGAAAGAUCUGCUAUGAGGAGAACUUCCAGUGGGCUCAGAAUGUCUACAAUCGGCUGAACACUAAAGGUUCAGGCUGCAGUUGUUAACAGCAGAGAUCGGACUACAUUAAAACAGAAUACGAGCUUUUGUAUGCCUAAAGUUCAUCAUUGGAUUUUAAUAAACUGUCUGUAAAAAAUACAAGUUUGGUUGACCAAAGCCUGAGCUGGAAUUUAACCUAUGUCAGUUAAAUAUGUUUUACUUCACUAUUUACAUGAAAGGUAUAAUUAUAAAUUAUACUUAUUAAAAAAAAAAAAGACAUUAAAGCAUUUCAGAUUAAAAGCAGUUGUGUCUCA